AUGGCUUUUGGUGUUUUGAUGAAACCUCAGAUGUGUGACCUUCCAGCCAGGUGUCUGCGAUUUCACAUUGUUGGAGCACUCGUCAUAUCCCUAGGGGUGGCAGCUCUCCAUAAGUUUGCUGUGGCUGAACCAAGGAAGAAGGCAUGUGCAGAUUUCUACAGAAAUUAUGAUUCCAUGACAGAUUUUGAGGAGAUAAGGAAGGCUGGCAUCAUUCAGAGGGCAAAGUGA